CAAAAAGCUAUAUUAAGUUAUAAAUACAUUCGAUUUUUUAUGACAAUCAUGCGAUUGAUCACGGUUAAAUAUUUUAAUCGAAUUCACAGCCCUAAUUAUGUUAAAUUAAAAUAAAUAACAUUAAUACAUGAUAGUAAAUUAUUACAUUUUGUCAUGUUUCCACACGGACGGUUUUAAUCGCCGGAUCUGUGCACCGUGGCGGUGAUAGUUUACUUAUUUAUUUAUUAUUUUUUAAAUUUAUGGAAAGAAAGGACGCCGAUUGUAAAUGCGUGUUGCGUGGCAGGUUUUAAUUAUUAUUAUUAUUAUUAUUUAUUUAGUUUUUUUUUUAUUUAGUUUUUUUUUUAUAAAAAUAAUCGUAUUACAUCGCUUUAUAUAUCAAUUUAUUCAGUUAUUACAUGCAAUCAUAUUAUGUGAUAUUGAUAUUAAGUGAUCACGUGAUGUUCAAAUGUUUGGAUUGUUCCAAAUUUUCUAUGGGGGUGCGACCAGGAGCUAAAAUGUUGUACACGUUUUUGUUUCGUUUUUCUUAAGUUAUAUUAGUAUUUUAUUUGUGAUAAUAGUCAGAAAUCUAUCACUAGAUUACGAGUAAAACACUUUAUAUAUAUAUAUUUAAAUAGUUUUAUUAGUUUUGAUAUUCUUUGACCCGCUGUAUAAUAAAAUGUUGAAUGAGCGGGUGGCCGCGCGGUAACCGGAAGUGGACGCUGCGUUGUACCGGAAGCCGGAAGUGCAGGUGUUCCUGUGUGUGUAUGUGUGUGUAUGUCUCCUUGGACGGCCCGGGGAUGGGUCAGAGAGAAAACCUACAUGCAGUUUAACUGAUUCAGACACAAACACCAGAGUUUGGAGGAAAUAAAGGAGUGAAAAUGAAGCGCGACGUCCGGAUUCUGCUGUUGGGGGAACCCAAAGUGGGGAAGACGUCCCUCAUCAUGUCCCUGGUAGGAGAGGAGUUUCCUGAGCAGGUUCCUCUCCGGGCCGAGGAGAUCACCAUACCUGCAGACGUCACGCCUGAGAAAGUGCCGACACACAUCGUGGACUACUCAGAAAGCGAGCAGUCGGACGAAGUGCUGCGCAACGAGAUAGUGAAGGCGAACGUGGUGUGUGUGGUGUACGACGUCACGCAGGAGGAAACCAUCGACAAGAUCCGGACAAAAUGGAUUCCGCUUGUGAACGGCGAGGCUGAGAAAGGCAGCAAGAUUCCCAUCAUCCUGGUGGGCAACAAAUCGGACCUGCGCGCCGGCAGCUCCAUGGAGACCAUCCUGCCGAUCAUGAACCAGUUCUCCGAGAUCGAGACGUGCGUGGAGUGUUCCGCCAAGAACCUGAAGAACAUCUCCGAGCUUUUCUACUACGCGCAGAAAGCAGUUCUGCACCCGACAGCGCCGCUCUACGACCCCGAGAGCAAACAGCUGAAGUCACAGUGUGUUCGAGCCCUCAGUCGAAUCUUCAGCAUCUCUGAUCAAGACAACGAUCGGAUCCUGAGCGACGCUGAACUCAACAGCUUUCAGAAAUCCUGUUUCGGGAACCCUCUGGCUCCUCAGGCUCUGGAGGACGUCAAAACGGUCGUGUGGAAGAACACAAAUGAAGGCGUGCAGGACAACGGCCUGACACUUAAUGGUUUCCUGUUCCUCAACACGCUGUUCAUCCAGAGGGGACGCCACGAGACCACGUGGACCAUCUUGCGCAAGUUCGGCUACGACGACACGCUGGAGCUGACAGACGACUACCUCUAUCCCGCACUGCGGGUUCCUGUCGGCUGCACGACGGAGCUGAACCACCUCGGCUAUCAGUUCCUCCAGAGGCUCUUUGAAAAGUACGACGAGGAUAAGGACUCGGCUCUUUCGCCCGCAGAGCUGAAGAACCUGUUCUCCGUGUUCCCCUACACGCCCUGGUCCGAGUCGGUGUACAGCAGCGUCCCCACCAAUGAAGACAACUACAUCUCCCUACACGGCUACCUCUGCCAGUGGACGUUGUCAGCGUACCUGGGCGUCCACAGGUGUCUCGAACAUUUAGGGUACCUGGGAUACCCCAUUCUGAUGGAGCAGGACUCUCAGACGUCAGCCAUUACUGUAACCAGAGACAAGGCGUCUGAUCUGGAGAAGCGUCAGACGCAGCGCUCGGUGUUUCUCUGCAAGGUGAUCGGACCGCGCGGAACAGGAAAGACCGCCUUCCUUAAAGCCUUUCUUGGGCGCAGCCUGGAGGGUGACGAGCAGCACCCCGGCGCCUUCUCUCUCCACACCAUCAACACCGUCUCGGUCUCCAACCAGGAGAAGUACCUCAUCCUGGAAGAAGUGGACGUGGAAGCGGAGUUUCUGAAAGCGGCGGACGCGGCGUGCGACGUCGCGUGUCUGAUGUACGACGUCAGCGAUCCGGACUCGUUCAACUACUGCGCUAGUAUUUACAAGCAGCACUACAUGGCGAGCGGCGUGCCCUGCGUGGUGCUGGGCUCCAAAGCCGACCUUCUUGAGGUGAAGCAGCAUCACGGGAUGAGUCCGGCCGAGUUCUGCUACAAACACAGACUUCCUGCGCCGCUCCGCUUCUCCACGAUCAACACGCACGGCGACACGAACAUCUACAGCAAGCUCGUCUGGGCCGCCAUGUACCCGCACCUGAACGGUUCGGACCUGAACGGCACGACCUUUUGGCUGCGCGUGACGCUCGGGGCGAUGGGAGCCGGCCUGCUGGGAUUCGCCUUCUACAGAGCUUUCAGCAGACACAAAUAACACACACGCACACACACACACACACACACUUCAGCAACAUUCUCCCAUCAGUGGACUCGGAGGUUUGUCCUGUUUACCUCUGAGUUUUUGACCUUUGGAGGCGAGUGCACACACACACACACACACACACACACACACACACACACACUUAGUCUCUCCCUUUCACAAUCACGUCUGCAUCAGCGUGUACGUGUGAGACAUUUGUUCAGCCUUUAUUGAUAGGAAGCAGGUGGUUGCUGUAUUAUUACACACACACACUAUUUUUUUAACGAGACUCCGCCCACCUCAGGUUCCUGCGCCUCGGAUCUUUAGAUACAUUCUGCAUCCCUGCUAAUUAUGCGUUUCCAUAGUGUGUUUUUUUUUUUUAUCAGAUAUGCUGGAAUUCUCACACACACACACACACACACACACACACACACACUCCUGCCUGGUUUAUUCCCUUUACUGGAAUGAGCUUUUUAAUUGGGAUGGUGUUCAACAGAGAUAUUUUGUAAUAAACGUUUCUUUUUUUCCCUCCA